GUAGCGGCCGUCGGGAGCGCUUCCGCCUCCCCCGCCGCCGCCGCCGCCGUCGCCAUGGCCGCGCCGGCCCCGGGCCUCAUCUCGGUCUUCUCGAGCCCGCAGGAGUUGGGCGCGUCGCUCGCGCAGCUGGUGGCUCAGCGGGCAGCGUGCUGCCUGGCGGGGGCCCGCGCCCGCUUCGCGCUCGGCCUGUCGGGCGGCAGCCUGGUCUCCAUGCUCGCGCGCGAGCUGCCCGCCGCCGCCGCCCCCGCCGGGCCCGCCGGCCUCGCGCGCUGGACGCUGGGCUUCUGCGACGAGCGCCUCGUGCCCUUCGAGCACGCCGAGAGCACGUACGGCCUCUACCGGACGCACCUGCUCUCCCGGCUGCCCAUCCCCGACAGCCAGGUGAUCACCAUUGACCCCGCGCUGCCCCUGGAGCAGGCGGCCGAGGACUACGCCCGGAAGCUCAGGCAGGCGUUCCAGGGCGACUCCAUCCCCGUGUUCGACCUGCUCAUCCUGGGCGUGGGCCCCGACGGCCACACCUGCUCGCUCUUCCCGGACCACCCGCUGCUGCAGGAGCGAGAGAAAAUUGUGGCCCCCAUCAGUGACUCCCCAAAGCCACCUCCACAGCGCGUGACCCUCACGCUGCCCGUCCUGAAUGCGGCCCGGACCGUCAUCUUCGUGGCCACCGGAGAAGGCAAGGCCGCUGUUCUCAAGCGCAUCCUGGAGGACAAGGACUCGAACCCGCUGCCCGCCGCGCUGGUGCAGCCCCACACCGGGAGACUCUGCUGGUUUCUGGACGAGGCGGCCGCCCGGCUCCUGACGGUGCCCUUCGAGAAGCAUUCCACCUUGUAGCGGGCGCCGGGCACCACGCUCGCCCGAGGGGCUGGGCCCCGCCGG